CGCAGACAUCUCACCGCUGAGAUACGAUUACUUCCGUCCCCUCAGCCGAGUCGUCUUCUUCUUUUUCUUCUUCCUCUUCCUCCUCCUCCUCCUCCUCCUCCUCUGCUUCUCACGGCGGCGACACGGUUUCCUUCGUCUCCGUUCCCUUCACUAACUCCUCCUCCUCCUCCUUCUCCGUUUCUUAAUCAGCUGUGAUGGCGGAAUCGUUGCUGGUUCUGUAGAUAUUCGGGUUUGGUCCUUAGAUCUAGGAGCGUGCGAGUGAGAUCCCUAGCUGAUCCGAUCUUGUUGGAAUGGCGACGGCGAAGACCGCCCGAACGCGCGGCGCCCCGGUGAAGGAGAACGGGGUGAAGCUCGAGGAAGGCCUCGGGGUCUUCAAGUCCGACAAGUUCGACGCCGAAGCUUACGUCCAGUCUAAAUGCUCUCUCAACGAGAAGGAAAUAAAGCAAUUAUGUUCGUGUCUGUUGGAUUUGAAGAAAGCUUCUGCUGAGGAAAUGCGAAAAAGUGUAUAUGCUAAUUAUGCAGCCUUUAUACGUACAUCAAAAGAAAUAUCGGAUUUAGAGGGGGAACUUUUUUCCAUCCGGAACCUGCUAUCAAUGCAGUCUACCUUAAUUCAUGGUUUAGCCGAGGGGGUCAACCUUGAUUCCUUAUCUGUCAAUGGCAUUGAAGGCUCUGAUGAGAACAUGCUCUCAUAUAUCGAAGAUGGAGAGCCUUCAGAUUUGGAGAAAUGGGCAACAGAAUUUCCUGAUCUUCUUGAUGUUUUAUUAGCUGAGAGGAGAGUUGAUGAAGCUCUUUCAGCCCUUGACAAAGGAGAGCAUGUAGUUGAAGAAGCGAAGGAAACAAAAGCAUUGAACUCAGCUGUACUCACUUCACUGCAGACAGCCAUAACUGAACGCCGACAAAAAUUGGCAGAUCAACUUUCUGAAUCUGCUUGUCAACCUUCAACUCGUGGCAGUGAACUCCGUGCUGCUAUAUCAGCUCUUAAGAAGCUCGGGGAUGGGCCUCGAGCUCAUACGUUGCUUCUUAAUGCACAUUUGCAGAGGUAUCAAUACAACAUGCAGAGCCUCCGUCCAUCGAGCACUUCCUAUGGAGGGGCAUAUACAGCUGCUCUCUCACAACUGGUAUUCUCUGCCAUUGCACAGGCCGCUACUGAUUCCUUAGCAAUAUUUGGGAAGGAGCCAGCUUAUACUUCUGAACUUGUCAUUUGGGCUACUAAACAAAUCGAGGCUUUUGCUCUUCUUGUUAAAAGGCAUGCCUUGGCAUCAUCUGCAGCUGCAGGAGGUCUAAGAGCUGCUGCAGAAUGUGUCCAAAUAGCUCUAGGACAUUGUUCUUUGCUGGAAGCUCGAGGCCUUGCUUUAUGCCCCACCCUCUUGAAAUUGUUUAGGCCUAGUGUCGAGCAAGCCCUCCAAGCUAAUUUGAAACGUAUUGAAGAGAGCACUGCUGCGCUUGCAGCUGCCGAUGAUUGGGUUCUUACAUACCCUCCAACUGGCACACGUCAAUCUGGCAGGCUUACAAGUACUGUUGGAAGUACUACUGCCUUCCAACAUAAACUUACUAGCAGUGCCCAUCGGUUCAACUUCAUGGUCCAGGACUUCUUUGAGGAUGUAGGGCCGCUCCUAAGUAUGCAGUUGGGAGGCCAGACACUGGAAGGUCUUUUCCGAGUAUUCAACUCUUAUGUGAGCAUGCUCAUCAAAGCCUUACCUGGUUCAAUGGAAGACGAAGCAGAUUUUGAAGGCUCUGAAAAUAAAAUUGUACGAUUAGCAGAAACUGAGACCCAACAGAUUGCUUUGGUCGCAAAUGCAUCAUUAUUGGCCGAUGAGCUUCUCCCUCGUGCGGCGAUGAAACUUUCGCCUGCGAAUCAGUCUUACUAUAAGGAUGAUAUGCACCGCAGACCUACAGAUAGACAAAAUCGUUAUCCUGAGCAAAGAGAGUGGAAGAGACGGCUUGCUGUAUCAGUUGAGAGACUGAGAAAUACAUUUUGCCGUCAACAUGUUCUCGAUCUCAUUUUUACUGAGGAAGGAGACAGCCAUCUUACUGCGGAUAUGUACAUAAACAUGGACAGAAAUGCUGAUGAGAUUGAUUGGUUCCCGUCUAUGAUAUUUCAGGAACUUUUCAUGAUGCUUACUAGGAUUCACAGUAUAGCCUCGGAAAUGUUUGUGGGCAGGGAAAGAUUCGCAAUAUUGCUAUUGAUGAAACUAACUGAAACUGUUGUCUUAUGGCUCUCUGAAGACCAAAGCUUUUGGGAUGACAUUGAAGAUGGGCAAAGGCCACUAGGACCUCUUGGCCUGCAACAAUUGUACUUGGAUAUGAAGUUUGUCGUAUGCUUUGCUUCCCAAAGCCGGUACUUAUCCCGGAAUUUGCAAAGGGUUGUGAAUGAGAUCGUAUCAAAAGCCAUAACAGCAUUUUCUGCCACAGGAAUAGACCCGUACAGCGUGCUACCGGAAGAUGACUGGUUUUAUGAAGUUUGCCAAGAAGCAAUCGAACGGUUGAGUGGUAAACCGAAAGCCAUCAAUGGGGAGAGAGACCUCAACAGCCCGACCGCCUCUGUUUCAGCCCAAUCGAUCUCAUCAGUCCGAUCUCAUGGAAGUUCCUAGGAACAGCUGCUCCGCAUCUGUAAAUUAGAAAUUAAACGAAAGGAAAAGAAAAAAAAAGUUGUCGGAUAGUCAUUGAUAGGGCAGUUUCUUGUAUUCAUAUCAAGCAGUUUUCCCCUCAUAAUUCUUCUGCAUUUUCUUUGCCUCGUCUUAGAUUGUAGAUUGAUGAGACUCUGCCUAGGAAUUCUUUUUAUGGUGUCUCCAGAACCUGAGAUUGUAUAUCUUAAUUUCACUACAUCCUUGUAAUAUUCUUUGAUACUAUGUUUAA